UUGUUGAUGUAUCCCUAUUUAGCUAAAACAGAUUGCAAAAUUUCUUUCAAUGUAGCUGAUUUAUGUCAAAACAGUUUUAUAUGAAGUAGGUACCGGUAGCUACUAAUAUCAAACAUAAAGACUUGAUCUAGUUUAUGGAUCUGAAGUUUUAGUCAAAAUUACAAAAAAAUAUUUAAUUUAGACUUUUAACCUUGCAAAUUCAAAAGUUCAUUAGUCUAAAUUUGAUGGGUCAAUUGUUAAUUCAGUUGCAAGGAUUGCUUGAAUUGUGUGUGAUUUAAAAAAUUUAAUGAAUUCUUUUCUUUUUCCUCCCAUUGAUGAUUUAUGACUUGCUAGCAUUCUCUAACCCAAGCAUUUGAAUGAUCUAGCAAGUCUUGUGGUUCAAAUUGUUAUGCUUAUGCUCCUUAUAAAAUCUCUAAUAAAUGUCUUCUUUCUGCUACAGAGUAAUCAACAGUGUUUGAAGUAGGAGCAUGGCGGUUAGACUAAAAUCAGUAAUAACUAUUCCCAUUCAUAGAAUGGCAAGAUUUCCCUACUAUAAAUCGAAUUUGUAUCCUUGCACCGAAAAACUGUUGCGAUGUAUUUCUUCAACGCCUCGUGAGUUGCAGGGUGCUCCAUUGAAGCCUGUGUUAUUGAAUGGCUUUCAACGAACAUUGUUGAGUAUCGGCGCUGCAGCCAUGGCUGUCACUGAUCCCACUAGGCACGACAUGGUGGCUACCCUCGGUGAAACCACGGGACACAAAGCCCUCGUAAGGAUUCAUCAAAAAAUGCUCCAGGAUGAAGAAGGCCGGCUUGUGCUGCAGGAUAAGCCUCGGAUUAGCAGUUCCACUGUAAACCUGCCUGCCCUAAGAUCACUGCCAGAAGGAACACUCGGCAAAUGCUACACCAAUUUCUUGGACAACAACAAAGUUACUCCUGACUCGCGCUGCACAGUUCUUUUCAUUGAAGAUGUAGAGCUUCGUUAUGUGAUGCAACGUUAUAGGGAAGUGCAUGAUCUCUUCCAUUCUCUGCUGGGUAUGCCCACUAACAUGCUAGGCGAAGUAGCUGUCAAGUGGGUAGAAGCGCUACAGACAGGAUUACCCAUGUGUGCCGGCGCAGCUAUUUUUGGUCCCAUUAGAUUCAAACCCAAGCAGCGGAGCAAAUAUGCUACGCAAUACCUCCCAUGGGCGGUCAAAGUUGGCAGCGAGUCAAAACCCCUCAUGAACAUUUACUACGAGAAACGAUGGGAGCAACAAGUAGAGGAUUUGAGGCGAGAGUUGAAUAUAUCGCCCUUCAUGAUUUAAUAGCUUCAAGUAAACAAAUGUCUGAUGGUAUUUGUACACAGUGUGUUAUGUUGAUCUUGUUUUUAACUGUAUGAAUGAAUGCCAAGUAUAUUUACUGUGAUUUGCCUAAAGCUUCGUUUUUCCUGUUCAACAUGGAUAUUUUUGAUGACUUUAUCGCGUUGUCAAUUUAUGCACUUAGAUUUAUAAAUAUGUUAUGUUGUAUUUAGUUUUUGAAAGGAGCGUGAAUCAUUAUUAUUACGUAUAUUUUUUUUGCAUUAGACAACUUUAUAUACUGUGUAAGUAUGUAAGUAAGUAAUUCUAAGUCGGGGAAUCUGUUAGGGCAAUGGUAUACAUUCCCUGUGGUGUGAUGCCCUUAGAUGAAGUUUGAUGUUAGUUGGUAUUUUUAAAGAUUUAUGUCUUAUUGAAAGAAGUGCUGAUUUGUUGCUUCCUUUUAGUCAUACUUGUAAGAUGGUUAAUUUUUCAAACGUGAGUUUGCUGAGAGCAGUGAAAUAUCUGUCACAAUGGCAAGUUAUCACCAGUUCAAAAUUCUGUGUUCUAGUGAGCAUUUAGCUUUCGAUACGAUGAAGUGUGAUUCCUACACAACUCUUUAGAGGCGCCUGGAAUUAGCAGUGACUGCUCUGUUGUCGCAAAAUCUUCGUGCAAUGUUAGAGUUAUUUAGAAAAACUACGGAUAACGCCCAGCCGCCUCCUCCUGCCCCAUCAUGGGCUCAAAUGGAAGAAGACUUGCGCAGGGCCGCGCCUUCUGACAUCGUCUUCGGCAACAUGGCUGCUCUCGACCAUCGAAAUGAAGAGGCUGAUGCAAACUGCGAUGAAGAAUCGGUUGCUGUUUUCCAAACGAGCCGAAAGCUUUUUCUCGCCAAUAGGAGUCUGGAGAAAAGCAGCCAGGUGCUGAGCGAACGGGAGGACAGCUUGCGUUCGAGCGCCGCGAGUCUACGCAGUUUGGUGGCAGACGUACGAGACAAAGCGCGCGGUGCUCUGCUUGCCAGCAGCGCCUCUCUCAGCUUGCCAAUUAAUUCUGGCGCCACUGCGACGAAACCGGAUCAGCUGUAGAUCGUUAGACAACAGCCUUAGUAGUAUGUUGCGGAGGUGGCAGGCCCAGGCCACGAUGGAACGCCGCGUCUUUUACCGGAUCAAUCUAAGUUUGCUAUAAAACUUUGGCGUGGAUAUUUGAAGAAUGUUUGUUCUAUAUAAAUUUUAUUACAUUUCAUAAUGUUAUGUAGUUUCUUUCCACUCUUCGUCGGUAGAAAGAUGAGGCAGGCUGCGUGCAAAGUAUUAGUUUGAUGUUCAUGAGAUAUUAAAAUGUAGUUCACAACUUUCAAAUUCAACAUCAAUGUGAAAACUGCAUGCAUCUCGUUGUUGGGCAUAAACUAUUGCAUGCAAUCUUGUGGCAGCUCUGAACCUAAAGAUAAGCCCCGGGAUUGCCGGAACACGUGUAUCUUCAAGUGCUCUGCACGCACGUCACCCGUCAGUGUAGAUUUUGCAAGCAGGAUAAAGAAAAAAUUUGAAAUUAAAUGUUACUCAAGGGAAAUGGAGAAUGUAAUCAAGGUUAGAAUUUAUUUUUUGGUCUUUUUCUUCACAAUUUUGACGGUAGACUUGGCUGGACUAUUUUUCUUUAUGAGCACAAGGCUUCUACGCGCUGGCACCUCGCUUUCUUUUAGUGUGCGCUGCGUACCUCGAGGCUUGAGGGUUGUGUUCUUCACAAGCGCCGUUUUCUUCUCGUUGCUUUCAGCAGCCGGCUCCUUGUAAUGGAAAGUCAGUGUAACGUAAUAUUACAAGUAUUUCACGAACGAGUUUUAGUUGAGUAAACUGUAUCUUAUGUUUGAAACAUUCACUGAGUAGCCAUGUUAUAUUGAUAUUUUCAACAGUAAGUAGAAGUGGAACUUAAGUUCCGAAGUGGUUAAAUUAUGCCAUCUUUGAGCUAAACCAAUAGUAUUCACCACCAAAAUGUGUCGGGAAGUUUCUAAUGGCCAAAUACUUCCGAACUCUGUCUAGAUAACUUUCCCCUAAAGCGGAGAUCUUUCUUUGACAUUUCGCGCUCAAUUACUGAUAAUCUCGGCGUUCAAGGAUAUCCUAGAGCAAGAGAAAUUAUUUGUUUGAUGACUGAUGGAGUAUUACUGUUGCUGUACUUACCAAAACUGAAAUAUAUACAACUUAAUACAUUAUAUCAGGUUACCCUAUUUUAUAAUUAUUAGAAUCGAAUGUAAGAAAUUUCAAGUGAGUUUUAAAUAUAUCUUUAAACUUGAUAAACCA